AUGUUUUUUUCCUUAGAUUCAAAUGUCAAUCAACCAAGUGGUCAUGCUGUUAUGUAUUCAGUUCAUUCAACAUUUACUGAUUUUGAAAUCAAUAUCAUCAGUUCAUUGCAACAAGAUAAAAUCGGUUCAGGAAACAUGCUGAUGCCUGAUGGACAAACUAUUGAUGAUGAUAUCGAUGAUGAAGAAAAGACAAAAAAUUAA